UCAGGAGGGAGAAGAGAAGAGAAGGGAGUUUAGUUUUAAUAAAUAAUGAGAAGAGUGUAGAGAGAGAAAGAGAGAGAGAGAGAGGAAAAUGAGGACAGAGAGAGAGAACACCACGGUGCAGAGUGAGGGAGAGGGGGAGGAGUCAGCGCCACUGCUGGGACAGAAUGUUCAGGUCUCCACAGGCUCCUCGUUCACCUUCUCGGUGUUUAAUCUGAUGAACGCCAUCAUGGGCAGCGGGAUCCUGGGCUUGGCGUACGCCGUGGCCUGUACAGGUGUGCUGGGCUUCAGUAUUUUGUUGUUGCUGGUCUCCAGUUUGGCCGCCUACUCCAUCCACCUCCUACUCACACUGUGUGACCAGACAGGUCUGACCUCGUAUGAGGGUCUGGGCGAGAGAGCCUUUAACAAACCCGGAAAGGUGCUGGUGGCGUGUACCAUCCUGAUCCAGAAUAUGGGAGCCAUGGCUUCCUACAUGUUCAUCCUAAAGAUCGAGCUUCCUCCCACCAUCGACGGCUUCCUGGGAGCAGAGCAUUCUGGCAUGUGGUAUGAGAAUGGUGUGUGGUUAUUGAUCCUGGUCACGGUGUGUGUGGUGCUUCCUCUCGCUCUGCUGCCCAAAAUCGGUUGCCUGGGUUACAGCAGCAGCCUGUCGUUCUUCUUCAUGCUCUUUUUUGCCGCCGUGGUGGUGGUGAAGAAAUGGUCAGUACCGUGUCCACUGCCUGACAACUCUACUGUCACCAAGCAGAUCACUAACUCGUCUCUCUCAGACUGCAGCGCUCAGCUCUUCAUCUUCUCCAGUAAGAGUGCCUAUGCCAUCCCCACUAUGGCGUUCUCCUUCCUGUGUCACACUGCAGUGCUGCCCAUUUACUGUGAGCUCCAGCGACCCUCCAAGCGCAGGAUGCAGGGCGUGGCCAAUGUGAGCAUCUUCCUCAGCUUCCUGGUCUACCUGGUCUCCGCCCUCUUCGGCUACCUCACCUUCUACGGUCAGGUGGACUCUGAGUUGUUGCAAGGUUAUGACCUUUACCUCCCACAUGACAUGCUGGUGAUGUCGGUGCGUCUGAUGAUCCUGGUGGCUGUGCUGCUCACCGUGCCGCUCAUUCACUUCCCUGCUCGUAAAGCAGUGUUAUUGUUACUCAGAGGAGAGAGACCGUUCUCCUGGCUGUCUCACUGCGUCUCCACGUUUAUCCUCCUGCUGAUCAUCGAGCUGCUGGCCAUCUACGUCCCCAACAUCAGGAACGUCUUCGGAGUCGUAGGUUCCACUACCUCAACCUGUUUGCUAUUUGUGUAUCCUGGUCUAUUUUAUCUCCGUGUCAGUAAUGACCACAUCGGCUCUGCCUCUUCAAUUGGGGCUGUUGCUCUCGUGGUGUUUGGUGUGUUUGUAGGGUUGCUGAGCCUGAUUAUCAUCAUCAUUUCAUGGGUCCAGGAAUCCUGACCUCAACCUUUUGACCUCUGACCUUUCCUUCCAUUCCUGCAGACAUUUGCACAUUGACGCUCAACAGAGUGAUUAAAAGAGGAACUGUUAUCAGUGGAACACGCGUUUACUGUUUAAUUACACAGGGGGACCAAUAUUACUGUAACACAGACACAGCUUUAAGCACUAAAACGUACAAUACAGGAGCCAGUUUACACUCUCAGACAGGGGGACCAUUAUUACUGUACUGCGCAAAAUACCGACCCGAAUAUUAAACACACACACUGAAUCAUAAACCCAAUUAAUAUUUAACACACACAGUUUUACUGCUGAUGUGAAAGUAUUCUGCUGAUCAACACGGCCUGAGAAGGACUCGUUCUCAAUUUGUAUAUACAUAUCAUCACUUCCUCUGUGUGUGUGUGUGUGUGUGUGUGUGUGUGUGUGUAUGUGUUUUCACUUUGCUGAAUAAUAAAAGGAAAA